GAUACAACAGAGCCGAAUUUUUAGCAACAAGUUAAAAGUACUAUUAUUCCGCUUCAAGUUUGCCAAAAAGGGUAAUUUUGUUUUCUUUUCCUGCCGACUAAAUUAUCUGAGCAAGUAGAUUUGUUACAGCCGAAUUAUGAGCCUGAACUAGAGUCGGUCGCUGCUGGCCAUAGCGCGGCGUUGAGUACGAGUGGCAGCUGGGUCACUUCCCCGGCCGCGCCGGCCAGGCGCGGGCUGGGGCACAGGCCUUGCAAAGGCUUUUGCCCAAGGCCUGGCUGGCUGGCUUGAGCCUUGACUUGAAAGUUGAAUGACGGUGACUGAGUGAUAUUGCACUGUCUUCAGUCUUUACUUGUUUAUAUCACCACCAGGUUAGGGCCAUGGGAACUCUGCAGCAGAGCCCAGGAGCUGGAUCCAAGGCCGAGCACAUUUGAACAAUGUAAUUGGUAAUAAACAGAUAAACGUGAUUCGACUCUCGAGCUUAGGCUUAGCUGAAAGUGAAACGGAUCCAGAUUCAAUCAGACAAAGGUCAAAGCAAAGCAAGCCGGCAAAGCUCUUGUCCCGGAAUUAAAAAAAACAAAAUGAGAAAAAUAUCACUCACAUUUCGGUCUCUUCUGACACAGAUUUCUGAAUUUACCUUUGUGAGGAAGUAAAACUUGUCAUCAAUCAUCAUGUCUCUCUAUCCAUCAUUGGAAGAUAUGAAAGUUGACCAAAUGGCUCAGGCCCAGGUCAACUUCAAUCAACAGGCACAGGCUGCGGCCCAUGCCAUCGCCAGUGCCCCUGCCGGGUCUACUGUUGUCAUGACAACAAGCUCACUCUACCCCUCCCUGGAGGAGUGGAUGGGUUUUCCUCCCGCUGAGAUGCAGGCCUAUGCUCAGCAGUCAUCGCAGCAAGCAGUAGUGCCAAGGCCAGCAGGUACCGUUGCUGCCCCUUCACAGAACAACGUGGUUGCCCCGGUAACGGGCAAUCAAAAUCUGGGAGUUGCUAGGUCAGAGAUCAAGCAAGGAAUUCGAGAGGUGGUCGUCUGUAAAGAUGGUAGCAAUAAGAUUGGUCUCAGAGUCAGGGAUGUUAGUAAGGGUAUUUUCAUCACAUUCGUCAUGAAGGGAUCGCCCGCAUCUUUGGGUGGUUUGAGGUUUGGCGAUCAAAUCCUCCAGAUCAACGGUGAAAACGUUGCAGGGUACAGCAAAGAUAAGGCUAUGGGAGUCCUGAAAAAGGCCAGCCCAAGCAGCAUUAAGCUCGCCAUCAGAGACAGGCCGUUUGAGCGAACGAUCACGCUGCAGAAGGACAGUGCUGGAUAUGUGGGCUUUGUCUUCAAGAAUGGAAAGAUCACCAAGAUAGCGAAGGACACCUCCGCAGCAAGGAACGGUCUCUUGAUUGAUCAUGCUAUUCUAGAGAUCAAUGGGCAGAACGUCAUUGGACUCAAGGACAAGGAGAUAUCUCAGAUCCUGGAUGGAUGUGGACGGACUAUCACUCUCACUAUCAUGCCUAAUUGUUUCUAUGAUCAUAUGAUGAAAAGCAUGGCAUCAUCGCUGGUGAAGAGCUCCAUGGAUCAUUCCAUCCCAGAGAUUUAAACAGAAUCAUGCUACGAGACAGACUUCAUUCAUAACAAAAGGAGAAUUGAUGGGCAAUUCUGUAAAAAUAAUAAUUCGUAUGCAUCUGACCCCAUUGUCCUCCGUCUUUCUUCGCUCCGUGACCUUCUCAAGCCAUGAUAAUUUGAGAGCAUUACAGCCUGAGGAGUGGAAUGUUUUAGGUAUUCCACGGGGAAAAGCCGAAUAAUAAUUGUUAUUAUCUUUAAUGACCAUCAUCCAUUAGACCAUGCAAUGCGACACAAGAUUGCACAGAUUGUUGUGUACGCAAGCCAACUAGGAGUUAGUCAGAUUUAGACCCAUCAUGCAAUACCCUCUAAUAUUGCGCAGGUAGACAUGCAGACUCGAAUAAGCAUUUUCAGUAGAACGCUAAAACGCCCAAUGAGAUGGGCUUCAUCUGCUUCUCUGUACAUUGUGUCUUCAUACUGAUUUAUGAAGUGAGAAUCUAUUAUUGAGUAUUUUUGUAUUUGGGCACACAUAAUGUGGAGAAUACAUCUCUUAAAUGUAGAAUCAGAUCAAUUUUCAGUCAAACUCGAAGACAAAUAUAUAAUAAUAAGGGAUUGAAUGCUAUUCAGAGGAUUGAUUUGGAGCCAAUAAUAAGAAAGUGCAAUUAAUUUCAUACAGGCAUGACUGAAAAUGGCUUUCCUGAGAGAUAUAUAUAUAUAUAUAUAUGACAAAAUAUGUCACACCAAAUGAUCAUUGGCUUGGGCUGUUAUACAUUUGAUAAAUUUAGAAAUAUUUUGAUAUAAUUGUAUGUACUAAAAGUUAAUCGUUACAAACAUAUUGUGCACUAACAGCAUGUGAGGUGCAUGUGUAUACGUGGAAGCCUACAAUAAAUUUUUCAAUCAAAUUUUAUGUAGAUUAUAUCGGUUGCAAUGUGCAACGAUUUAUAUUUUCUAUUUGACAAAUUGAAACCUAAUAUAUAUUAUUUUUUUAUAAUGCAGUCAACCCACCAUAAAUAAAACAGCUUUCAAUAAACACCACUAGUCUUUUUUCCUUCAGCUCAGGCAGUCUAUGGUUUCACUGUACUUGAAAUUGAUUGAUUUCCAAUCAUGGGUCUUAUAUUCAGUCCAAAUGCGCUUAAUCUUCAUGUGACUUUUCAAGUAGUUGAUCAGUAAUGUGUGCAUUACCCCAACUAUUAUGUGCCUCAAAGACUGGAAUGCCAGCUGGACCCUGUUUCAUAAAACUUGUUAUAAUAACAAAUUUACAAUAACAGGUACAAGCUACGGAAAUCAUUUAAUCUGAUUGGCUGAUAGUAUAUUUGUUCAUUAUAUCAAGUCUUUAUGAAACGGGACCCUGGAAUAACAUAAUAAAUGUUUUACAGCAUAUAUAUAUAUAUACAAGCAAUUAAUUGAUUGAUUGCUUUAAUAGAUUGUACAUUACUGUAAUGAUAUAUUUAUCCUAAUAUUGUGAUUGAAAACUGAAUUAUAAUGAAGAGAUUAUAAUAUGAGCUGUGAUAAUGAUGUAUUUGACUUUGAUUUAUAUUAAUAUUCUGUAAAUACCCAUGUGUCAGAAUUCCCAAGCUGAUUUGUAUACAAGGGUCCCAUGCUCGUAUUUGAUUAAGUUAGUGUUUUCUGUAAAAUCAUAACCCAAUGUUGAAGAUUUUUUAUAUUUAUUUAGGAGAGAUAGAUACAUUCCUGAGAAAAGUAUCAACCCAUAGCAUACAUUGUUGUAACUUCACAGCUACCUGUUGCACCGUGUUUACACGCUGCAUCGGCUUUUUUGUUGCGUGUAAAUGCGAUUAACUUGCAUCGGCUCUCGGUGCAGAAUCAGCAAUUUUGCACCACCAAAGUAGUAGGUUCAGACCCACGAGCCGAUGCAGAAUCUGCUUUUUUUCUACGUGUAAACAGAAAGCCGAUUCUGCAUCAGCAAUUGGCGCGCAUUUCAUUUACUCCACCAUUAUGACGUACUUGUAAGUGCACAGAUCCAGCGUUGUCUUUAUCAUGACGUAUAUUGUUGGUGGGUGGAUCAUUUCAGGUUUUUGCCACGCGAGCCGAUUCUGCACCACGAUCUGUGACAGCAUGUAAACGCGGUGCAAGAUAAACCAAUAGCCGAUUCUGCAUUUGGUUCAGAACCAAAAGCCGAUGCACGUGUAAACAUGGAAUAUGUUUUAAAUGUUUCCUCAUGCUAUGUUGCUUUUUCAUAAUAUGUUGGAGGCAGAUUAUCGUGUAUUUUUUCAGUGAAUUUGACAUCAUUAGGAAAUAUGUCAUGCAGGGUUUAUGGCUUUUACACCAGCCAGUUGAACCAUUUUCACACUUAACUCUUUCAGUCUUUUUGAAAUGUCCCCCUGGUCUGUUCAUUCAUACUUACUUACAUAUACUUGGAUUUACUUGGAUGUAGAGAUAUAAAGACUGCAGCUUACUUUUCCCCUCAUUUUUCAUUUGGUAUAUUUGUUGUUUGCGAGUUUGGUAUAUAGAGGAUUAAAUGCUUCCUCUGAAAUGGCUAACAAAUAAGCUGCUACUAUUAUCAAAAUAUAUAUGAUUAUGUAUGUAAUAUAUGAUAGUACUUUUAUACUGAAAAUUAACUUUGUCAAAUAGUAUGUAAGAUACCAUAGUACUUUGUUUUUCUCAUUGUAUGGACUUUCAUUUUUUAUAUUUCAUUGUACGUUAUAUUUGCACCAAAUACAUAGUAUUUCAUUAGAGUAUUUAUAGAAACUAAUUCUGUAAGUCAGUACAUAAUUUCUAAAAGAAAACCUGAUAUGCUUUUCUUGUUUUAUCGUGGAAAUUUAGGUUUAUGCAAAUCUGUCUUCACUCUAAAAACACAAAGGGCGGAGACCGGGAGGAUGGAAAAGGGCUGAGGGGUGACAGUGUUUUCCAUCCCCUAAAAAAACAGAACACGCUGUCACUGGUCAGCCCUUUUAAGGGGUGAUGUAUCUCAUUCCACCCUUUUAUGUCUUAAGAGUGUAAUAGAAAUAUUUGAAUAAUUACCAUCCAAAAUUAGAAUUUCUGUCUUGCUGUAUUUAUCUUGGUGACUAGGAUUCCUUGAAAUAGUUAUAUAUCCAUCCGUCUCAGUUUUCCCCAUGGGUCUCUGUACAGUUAUCACAGCUGCCAUCCAUUAUAUAUUUAAAAAAAUCCAUAAUAGUUAUGAUGACUUUACAGAUCUACGAAUGUUUCUUCAAUGUUUAUAAAAUUGAGCCUGAAUAGGCAUGCAUGCAUUGAAUACACAUGCAUACAACAUACAUGUACAUUGUAUGUACUUGCUCUACUGUGGUAAGUUAUUUCACAGCAUUUUGACAUGAAAAAAACCCACCUUAAAAUAUGUCUAAAGAGACCCUUAAUCAUCUUAUGAAAAGAAAUACUUUCUUUAACUUGAUUUGUUUCUUAAUGCACAUCAUUUUACAUUAAUUUGCAUAUAUGCUGCACUUUUCUGUUGCCUUUUCCAGGAAAUUCAUAAUACCACAUUAAACAUGACAGUUACUGGAUGAGGUCAAAUAGUCUUUAUUGACUACAGUUAAGUGGUUCACAUUUUUUUUUUACCCUGGCUGUCCAGUGGGCGCACAUUUUAUUUUUCUCUUAUGUUCAUUAUUGUAUGACAUUGUGUCAGUUUCUUAAAUGUAAUUUUUCAUUGCUGAAUAAGCAAUGAUGAUAAUAGAGGUUGGGAGCUCUGUGGGUUUAUGACAUUGUUAUGUUUCACUAUCAAUAAAUAGCCAUGAUGUGGUUACCAUAUACAUGUA